AUGCUUCCUCGGCUCUCAAUACCAUCUGUUCUGCCUCAACUCUCAGACCACCUUCAUCCAUCAGCCUCCAUCCGUCAGCCUCCAUCAGUCAGCUCCCAUCCGUCAGCCUCCAUCCGUCAGCUCCCAUCCAUCAGCUCCCAUCCAUCAGCCUCCAUCCAUCAGCUCCCAUCCGUCAGCCUCCAUCCGUCAGCUCCCAUCCGUCAGCCUCCAUCCGUCAGCCUCCAUCCAUCAGCUCCCAUCCAUCAGCUCCCAUCCGUCAGCCUCCAUCCGUCAGCCUCCAUCCGUCAGCUCCCAUCCAUCAGCCUCCAUCCGUCAGUCUCCAUCCAUCAGCUCCCAUCCAUCAGCCUCCAUCCGUCAGCUCCCAUCCGUCAGCCCCCAUCCGUCAGUCUCCAUCCAUCAGCUCCCAUCCAUCAGCCUCCAUCCGUCAGCUCCCAUCCGUCAGCUCCCAUCCGUCAGCUCCCAUCCUUCAGCCUCCAUCCGUCAGCUCCCAUCCGUCAGCCUCCAUCCAUCAGCUCCCAUCCAUCAGCCUCCAUCCGUAAGCUCCCAUCCAUCAGCCUCCAUCCGUCAGCCUCCAUCCAUCAGCUCCCAUCCGUCAGCUCCCAUCCGUCAGCCUCCAUCCGUCAGCCUCCAUCCGUCAGCCCCCAUCCGUCAGCCUCCAUCCAUCAUCCUCCAUCCGUCAGCUCCCAUCCGUCAGCUCCCAUCCGUCAGCCCCCAUCCGUCAGCCUCCAUCCAUCAUCCUCCAUCCAUCAGCUCCCAUCCGUCAGCUCCCAUCCGUCAGCCUCCAUCCAUCAGCCUCCAUCCGUCAGCCUCCAUCCAUCAUCCUCCAUCCGUCAGCUCCCAUCCGUCAUCCUCCAUCCGUCAGCCUCCAUCCAUCAUCCUCCAUCCAUCAGCCUCCAUCCAUCAGCCUCCAUCCAUAAUCCUCCAUCCGUCAGCUCCCAUCCGUCAUCCUCCAUCCAUCAGCUCCCAUCCGUCAGCUCCCAUCCGUCAGCUCCCAUCCGUCAGCCUCCAUCCGUCAGCCUCCAUCCGUCAGCUCCCAUCCAUCAGCCUCCAUCCAUCAGCCUCCAUCCAUCAGCCUCCAUCCGUCAGCCUCCAUCCGUCAGCCUCCAUCCAUCAGCCUCCAUCCAUCAGCCUCCAUCCAUCAGCCUCCAUCCAUCAGCCUCCAUCCGUCAGCCUCCAUCCGUCAGCUCCAUCCAUCAGCCUCCAUCCAUCAGCCUCCAUCCAUCAGCUCCCAUCCGUCAGCCUCCAUCCAUCAGCCUCCAUCCAUCAGCUCCCAUCCGUCAGCCUCCAUCCAUCAGCCUCCAUCCAUCAGCCUCCAUCCGUCAGCCUCCAUCCAUCAGCCUCCAUCCGUCAGCCUCCAUCCGUCAGCCCCCAA